GUCAUGAGUCAGUCGACAGUCAGUGACAGUGACAGUCAGUCAGACAAGAAAUGUUAUGUCAAAAUAGUGACCUUCGGACGAUAAAGCUCAUAAUAUUUGGAAAUGAGAAUAUUGAAAAUUGUUACAUUUAUUCUUAGAUAGGAUCUCUAAUUUGACUACUUUUCCAUUAAUAUAAAUCAGAAAGAUGGCUCAUCCAAACCACGUAACACUUGAUAUAGAAGAUGAAGAACCUGCGGAGAUGGCGCCUCGUCAUAACUAUAGAGGAGCAGGAGAGCCAAGUCCUAGACAACCACCUCAGUUCAGAGACAGACCCAUGGGCCUAGGAGAUCAGUUACAAAGUGUAAUCAGGGAGAUCAGACCAAUUGUGGAACAAGCACGUAUACAAACCAGAACCAAUCGGCUGUCGCUGCCUAUUUGGAUGCCAAGGGCCAUACCAGCCCCACCUCCUUACAUGGUAGACCCGACCCCGAGGCCACUAAGCUCAGUAGCACAUGUAAACUUGGGAGCGAAUGCACAAACUUAUGCAGUAAAUGACCGAGGUGUUCCUAUUACACAUCGGACACAGCAUGAUGUAUUAAUAAGUAAUAGUGAAUCCAGCCUUUCCGAGCCAGACCAAGAGCAAGAGAUUGUGUCGGUGAACCCUGCCAACAACAACAAUAUUCAUGAAAAUGCCGACAAUGAGAGUCAAAGUGAUGAUGGUUCACAGGUGGUAGACGUACGCGCGACACUGAAUAUUCUCAUUCGCUACGCGCCGUUCUACUUCAUACUGAUCAUCAAGUUCCUGUACGACUGCCGGGAAGGCAUCUUCACGUUCUUGAUACUAUUUGUCACUUUCACACACUGCAAUAGCAUUAUUAGGAGGGAGAACGUGAAACAGAUGCAUCGCAGUCUAUCCUCGUGUCUCUUGGAGAUGUUUACCACUCUUGGCAUCGUCGCCAUUGUUCACUACCUCUUCGGGCACGGGAAGCUCCUCUACAACGUGGUCAUGUUCCCGGCGUACUCCAACCUGAACAUAUGGGAGUUGCUGUGGCUCAUCAUCCUCACCGACCUGAUCGUUAAGAUCAUUACCGUCAACAUUAAGAUGGUAGUCACCAUUUUGCCUUCAAGUAUAUUGCCGUACCAGAAGAGGGGUAGAGUAUUCCUGUUCAUGGAGUCAGUGUCCCAGCUGUACCGCUCUCUGCUGACGAUCCAACCGUGGAUAUUCUACCUGAUGCAGUCAUACGAUGACUCUGAGAAGCUGAUGGGCAUGUUUCUCACCUCCAUAUAUGUGAUCUGCAAGAUCAUCGAGGUGACGAUACGGCUGCGAGUGUUCAAGAAUGCUGCCUGGUCAAUGGUGCAGAAUGUGGACCUUGGCACAAAACCGUCUCGCGAGCAGCUGAGCGCGGCGGGCGAGGCUUGUCCUAUCUGCCACGACGAGUAUACGACCCCAGUGCGGUUAGACUGCAGCCACAUCUUCUGCGAGCUGUGCAUCUCAGCCUGGCUCGACCGGGAGCACACGUGCCCACUGUGCCGCGCCAAGGUCUCCGACGAACCCACCUGGCGCGACGGAUCCACCACAUUCGACUUUCAACUUUAUUAAGUACGUAUUAUGAAUGUUUUACAAUCUGAAUGUUACAUGUACCUGGAUUACAAGUAUCGUUUUAUGUUUCUGGUGAUUUCUAGUACGCAGCUAGUCAUCGGAUUGUGUCCUUGACUUGUUAGAUCCUGCGUUUUGUUAAGUAUUUUGUGUAUUUAUUUUUGUUACAUGCUUCCCCGAAUUUGAUAUUCGGGAGCUUCAUUUUAUGUGUGUAAAAUGUGUUGGAUAAAAUGUACCUAUUGUAUAUUUAUUUGGCUAUAGGGAAUAGUACAGUUAGCGACAAUAGUCUCCAGUCACUUUAAAAUGCUCAAUAUUAAUCAUGUCGAAUUCAGUAACAAAAUUGACAUUCAGUAACAAGAUAUCACACAAGUUUUAGUGUAAUUCGUUAUCUAUUUUUAUGAUAAAUUGAAUGUAAACUUGUGUCGCUGGCUGUACUCGGGAGAGUUAAGAAAAGACUCGUGUAAUGAGGGUGACGUGUGCUGUGACAGUAGUCGUAAGGAUACCACGGAUGUAAGGGGUGAUGCGAGUUGAUUUAUUAUAGAGUGUUAGCAAGUUGGGAUGGUCUUGUGGCAGGAAUUCAAACUUCCAUUGCAUUUUAACUUUAACAGUAACAUUCUUAUACAAUCUUGUUGAACUGUGUUAAACGUUAUGUAAUUUGAAUGUUUUAUUUUUUUGUAAAUAUAUUUUAUUUUUGGUUAAGUCGUAGACUUCAUUUUGUAAGUCAGUUGUCAAGCAUUUUAUGAAAAUAUUCUGGCCUAAACUAUGGAGUAUAGAGUUCGUGAUCGUGACAAAGUGUGUACAUAGUGUAAGUACAUUGUAAUCAAUAGGCCGCGAAUUACUAGUUCGUUUAUUUUUUAUAUUUAUUAAAAUGUAUUUGUUAAAGAAAUGUGUAAAUAGAAUUAUUGUUUAUACUUUAAACCAUGGUUAAAUGUAUUCUGUACAAGAUGUAAUAUUUAAGCAAAACUAUUGUAACUUGUUAGCGGUUGCUCAUUGUCCAUUAAGUAUAGGACGGCAUUUAAAUAACGAUUCAUAUAAAAAUAACUAAGAACUAAUUAUGUCUUUCCCAAAACUUAUAAUAAUAUUUAUGCUUUGCGGAUCUUCAAGCUUUUCAUAAAAUAAGGAUAAAUUAAGCCAAAUAACGUAGUAUACAGAAGAUAACUACUAGACCUAUAUUUUUAUUCCAUUCUGUAAAUAAUUUACUUUUGUUAGUUAUUUAGGUGUAAUGUGAUAAUUAAGAUCAGCCGCAAAAUUGUGUGUAUGAAAUGAAUUUUGGAUACUCUCAGCCUAAGACUAAAUACAAAAUGUUUUACAACAAAUAUUCUAGUGAAUUCAAAGUCUAGCCAAAUUAUAUUUAAUUUUAUGA